GUUUGGAGAAUGUCGUAAGAAAUUCCGUAUUGUUCCGAUCAAAUUGUUUAAUGACCUCUCACAAGAAGUUUUCUCUGUUUAUCUUUAUGGAAUUUCUGUACAAAUAGUGCAAAAAAUCGCUGGAAAAUGCGUUUAACAAGUCAACUACUGAGAAAGGUUCAUGACCUUUCGAUAAAAUACUCCAAUUUCCCAGAAUCUUACGUGAAACGAGCAAUGGAGCAGGUUUAUUGGAAGACCCCAAAUGAGCCAAAUUACCAACAGAAGGUCAUUGAGAAGCGGAGAUUUCGUUUCACCACAAACCGUCCGUGGACAGGACAGUUCCGGCAGCAAAAUCUUCCUCGAACAUCCCGGAAGAAGGUUUUCAUUGAACCCAUUGCCGAGUGGUCGUUCUUCCGUGGGGAUCGUGUUGAAGUGCUCGUGGGGCGUGAUAAAGGAAAACAAGGAAUUGUCAAGCAGUUAAUUCCCGAGAGGAAUUGGGUGUUGGUUGAGGGAUUAAACUGCCACAUGCGGAAGGUUGGCGGAGAAGGAGAAUAUCCGGGAAUUUAUAUCAAGUCAGAAGCUCCCCUUCUCGUAACGAAUCAAGUAAAACUCGUUGAUCCAGCUGAUCUUCAGGCAACGGAAAUUGAGUGGAGGUACACGGAGGAAGGAGACAAGGUGCGUGUAUCCACGAGAACGGGCAGAAUUGUUCCCAUUCCCAAGGAGCACGAAGAGACGCAUGACUACAAGUCUCGGGGAACGUACAUGGAGAAGGAUAAGGACACCCCAGCAAAAGUUGUGGAGGAGAUCACAUUCAAGCCCUCCCUGCAGACCUUUGAGAUGGAAAUCAUGAAAGAAAUGGGAAUUCAGGAGGAGAGGAUCCCGAAGAAAACUUAUUGGUACUGAAAACCAUUCAAAUGUUUAGCGGUGUGCCACCGUUGAUUGGCUUUAGUUAUUUUUAGGGGGUUUAUCAAUCCGUAAAAUAAAUGCCUUUAUUUAAAAGAAAAA